AUCACUUAGCAACAGAGAACGAUUCAAUAUGGCGGCCAUCGAAAAAUUUGCAAACACAAAUUUUUUCAAAAAUCACAAUUUAUAGUCGAUGUGCCUUUAUUUUCUGAAUUAUGCGGAUGAAUUAUACAAACAGAAUAAAUAGCUAACAUCAAAAAAGAAAAAUGCCCAGUCUUGUUGCAACAAAGAAUACAUACAAUACAAGCAAACUGAACUUUGAUGGCAUUGAAGUUGCCAAUGGGAUAGUGUGGCAAGGAUGGGAGCCUGGUCAAGAAUACACCAAGAACAUUAUACUGAAAAAUGUCAAAGUUAAAACACAAAAACUGAAAUACAAUGUACCAAGUAGUAGAUUUUUCUCCACACUCUACCCACAGCCAAUAGUCCUGAGUGCUGGGACCAGUUACACGUUACCCGUUACCUUUAGGCCCCUUGAGAAAAAUGUCUAUGAAGACAAGAUUGCGUUUGAGUCUCCUGAAGGAGCAUUUGAGGUUCCAAUCAGAGCAGUGUUACCUCAGACUGAUAUUGUUAUACCUGAACAUGUCAACUUUAACAUGUGCUCUGCCCAAGACAAUGUGCAGCUUACAUUUACGAUAAAGAAUGCAAGUGAGCUAGAAACUCCAUUUGAAUGGGAUGUGAAGGAACCAUUCACACUUGAGCCUCAUGAAGGAACCUUAGAUGCAUGGGGAUCUUGUACCAUUCAUGCUACAUUCUCCCCAAAGCAUGCUCUCGUGUAUGAAGCAGAUGCUAUAUGUCGCUAUGGAAAUAAAUAUGAGGAGAGGAAAAGUACAAGAUUUGAGGGUAUAGGGAAAUAUCCUCACUUGCUGGUGGCAGCAUCUGGUCAGUCCCCUGCCACUUUAACAAAGGAGGAUCAAAACCCCACACUAAACUUUGGCACCAUCCCACUGGGCAAAUCCUCAGAAAAAUGGGUAGAACUGCAUAACCUUUCACCUGUGAGAGCACCAUACAAGGUGACCCACCCUACUGCAGUUAGUAGGAUAGAUACAGUGUUCUCCUGCCCUCAACGUAGUGGAGUUGUACCUCCAAUGAGUGCUGUGCAAAUACCAAUCAUUUUCAGUCCAAACACUAUUGACGCAUCUAGUGUUGAUUACUUUGACAUCAUAGGUAUAGGCAACAUCAGUAAGACUCAGCUCAAGUGUACAGGAGCAUCCAAAGGUCCAAAAGUGACCCUUACCAAAAAAGCUUUGAACUUUUUCCAAAUUGAUUCUGGUCAAACUGGCACAAAAGUUGUAGAGAUUGUUAACGAUUCCGACAAUGAGGCAACUUUUAAGUUUAUGAUAGACUGUAAUGAGAGUGUCUUCAAGGUGGACAAGUUGAGUGGGGUGCUUGCUCCAUAUACUAAAGUGAAGGUCAUCAUUCUUUUCAAACCUCUGCAUCCCAUCAACUACUACAGGCGCAUAGCUUGUGUUGUGCAUAAUCAGGAUCCGUUGUUUCUGGACCUUCUGGGGACAUGUCAUACUGAGACGGCUAAGCCUGCUGUGUUAGAAAUUGAACACAUAGAGAGAUACAGGACCCAUGUAGAGAGGGGCUUUUCAAUGUUCCCACCUGAGCAACUGAAUGAACUUGUGAAGUCUGAGAAGCUUCAAAUAGAUGCCAAUGGUGCACUGAUGUCUGCUGAUGCUGAGAGUUUGGAGGCAUACUGUGAACCACCCUCACAUAUUACAACUAUGGAGGAGUACUUCAAUGAUGGCUACUACUCUGAUGUAACACACUCUGUACCACAUGUAAGCUUAGAUGUACACGAGGCAGACUUUGGACAGUGCACGAGUAUGCGUCUAGUUGAACCGAAGACAUUGAACGUGACAAACCACACCAAGGGAAAGAUCACAGUUGUGUGGAUGGGCUCUGAGGACCAUGUAUUUAGCGUCACUCCAUGUACAAUGGACAUUCCCCCUCUCAAGACUUGCUCCUUUAGACUCUCAUUUAAACCGACUGCCGCCAACAAGUUCUAUGGAGCAGAGCUUGAGUGCUAUGCUUACUAUAAGAGUCUACGGGACUACAGGUUGGUAGAGAGUACCACCCACACUCCUCCAUGGUGCCUGACACUCACCACAAUGGGACAGACAUUCAUGCCAAACAACGAAACAUUCCUACCAAGGUUUGAUAUUGAUUCGCCAAAGUUAGUGUUUCCUGCCGUAAAUGCCAAUGAAGCCACCUAUAGGACACUUGCUGUAGCUAACCUCGGCACCACACCUAUCUUAUAUGAAUUUGCACCAGAUCCUGAUGGCAUAUUCAGUGUAAAGCCUACAAAGGGACUCCUAACUGAAGGAUACCAAAUGUUUGUAGUGAAGACUCUCCCUAAAGAAGUGAAGACAUACAGACAGACACUCAAACUGCGCCUCAAUGACGCUGACAAGAACACUCAGGACAUCUUAGUGUGGGGGUCUGCAGAGUCAGCUGAGGUUGUCUUGGAGAAUGGGGGAGAGUUGUACUUCAAACCUACAUGUGUUGGAACUGCUUCACAUCAGAACUACUCAAUCAAGAAUGUCUCAAGAAUUCCUCUAAGGUUUGAGUGGAAAUUGAACCAUAAAGAUGCCAAGCUAUUAUCAGUGCACCCUCCAGAAGGGACCAUCCUACCCAAUGAGUCUCAGAACCAUACCUGGGCCUUUAAACCCACAUGCAAGAGUAAGUUUGUCUCAAAGCCCAGUCUCAUAGUCUGGGGUCAAGGUCAAAGUGCAACAAGCUCAGCUGGCAAGAAAAAGCAGUUCGUACUACGUGUGUUAGGUGAAGGAUCUCUGGGGCAAAUAGAGUCUGAGUCUACCUACAUUGACUUUGGUAAUGUUGUGGUUGGAAGCUCAGCUACACAGAACAUUGUCCUUGUGAACACCAGCAACUGUAGUCUCCACUAUAAACUUGAUGUUGAGCAGAAUGUCACUGGAGAUGUCCCUGAUGAAGUAAUCAAUGAUGACAGUAUUGCCCUACAGUUAGACAGAAGCUUUGGUAUUCUCCCAGCGCGCUCCAAGGUUACGGUGAUAGGCACAGUUCGACCAAUGAGACGUCUCUGUUAUCAGUUUGCCAUUUCAUACCAGCUAAUCACCUCGCAAGAGGGCAAUAACAUUGACCCUGAACUCAGUGAAGCUCAACAUUUGUGCCACAUUCUGGCAAUGGGUGUGUUCCCAGUUAUGUCAAUCACUGAUGCCCGUUGCUAUGGUAGCGCUAUCGGGAUCAGCAAAAAACAAUUAUGGAAUCUUUUCUCAUUGGAUAACAUGAACAUGUGUCUUGAUUCAGCGCCAUCUAUGCAGGAGAUAUCAUACUCUGUGGCAUCAAGGAAAAGCCACAGAAGGAGACAACCUGUACACACCAGGUCUAUCUUGGACUUCAACUUUAGUGCUGCUCCUGUGGGAGCUGAGCCCUGUGUGGUCCAACUCAUGAUUGAGAACACUGGAGCAGUACCUACUGAAUGGUCAUUCCUGUACCCCAAGGACCUGCAGUUGGAGUUGGAAUACUGGGCAGAGACUGGGGAGUUUGAUGAGGAUGAGCUUCAUGAGAUGAAGGUAAUGGACAACAAGCUGUUUGAGAUCACCCCUAAGAAGGGUAAGCUAGAGCCAGGAGAAUGUAAAACAAUCAAGUUCUCCUAUAAACAUGACAUGGCUGGUACAGACAGGCUUCCUGUUCUACUCAAGCAGACCUCAGGCAGGGAAAUAUUGAUCAACUUUAUUGGUGUGACUGUUGAGCCUGAGAGGAGAUACAUUCACUUUCCUAGCAACAAGUUCAUGUUUGCCCCUGUUGCCGUGGGGGAGAAGAAUAGUCCCAAACAGGUGUAUGAACUUUUCAAUGGAGGUGCAGUUCCUGUAAAGUAUGAGAUAGACACCUCUCCACUUCUAUCAAUUCAACAGGAAAACUUUGACCACCCUGUAUUUGAAUGUGUGAACCCCCAAGGGGAGAUCCUGCCUGGAAGAAAUGCCAUUGUUGAGUGGAAGUUCUCACCUUUAGAAGCAAAGACAUACAUGGCUGAUGUUCCUAUUCAAAUCCAUGAAGGAGACACUGCCCUUAUCACGUUCACUGGCGUAGGCUAUGAUAAACGUGCUCUGGGGGAGACUAUGCCACUGACUGACCAACCAGACUCCACAGGUGUCCCAGGUGUACAGAGUGUUCCAAUUCCAGGACAGUUGGUAUUCCUGUCCCAGGAGAGACUGUCAUUUGGUAAUGUGCCUCUCUAUGCCAAGGGCAGACAGGCUAUCUUUGUAACCAACCGCUCCAAAGAUCACACUGUAUCUUUCGAAUGGCAUGUCACUUCACAGUACGAUAGUCAGUUUGUGAACAUCAAGCCAUUGAACGGCAGCCUUCAGCCUGGUGACAGUAUGAUGUGUAGGGUCUCAUUUACUGCAGUUGGCGUACCUUCAUUCUAUGAUCUAGACCUGAUAUGUGAGGUAACAGAUGAAACAGAAAUGGCUAAAUACAAUAAGAAACUUGCAGCUUGGGAAAAAGAAAAUGAGAGACAGAAGUAUGAGUUCACCAUCACUGAAAAUGACCUGAACGCUGACCAACGGCUACCAGAUUUGGAGGAGAGACCUCGCAGUGGUCAGUUGAGGUCCUUAGAUUCUAGUAGAUCAACAACUAGGUCUCCAAUGGGAUCGGAUUCUGACCUUAGCAAAUACAGGACAUUGCCACCCAUAAAGACCCCUUCUAUUGAUCGUGAACAAAUCAAAAAGAGUGUGACAAGGCAACAGAAAGAGGAUUACUGGCAGAAACCUGUGGCACCUGAUCCGUUCUUGCUUCACCUUGGGGUGACUGCACGCACACAUGACAUCACAGAAUUCCAGAAUAACUUCUCAGAGGAUUACCACAAGUAUUACAUUGAUAUGAGUCUAGGAGAGUCCCUAUCUGGGUCAGACAGUAAGGUUCAGGUAGAGAACAGUGUUUCACCUCUGGAGAUAGAAUGUGCAGAGUCUGAGGUUGAUCUCAUAUCUGGUGUACUGGGGAAUAUACUUAGAGGUUUGUUGGAUGACUCUGAUUUCCAUCAUUCCAUUGCUAAAAUAAAAGAGGAGGCUAUUCCAUACUUUGUUCAAAUUGGCACUAAGGGUGCUGUAACACCUCCCCCCUCUGAAGAAACUCUUGUUCCUGAAUCCACCACCCUCCCUUCAGAGAAAUCAAUGCAGAGUCGACUCACCCAAUUAGAAGGGGAGACAGGUCGAGAAAGUGGACUCUCUUCAAUAGAUAUGACACUGUCGCCAUCUAUUAGUCCUACCACCCCUCAAACAGGCAGCAGAGUCGAUGCUAUACCAAGUUCGGGAGACCCACCAGCGACCCCACCCCCCUCCAAACAGAAACUCCUCCCCUCCCACAGGGGACACACUCGAGAGGAGAUGGCUCAGAGCUUUGCUGUAGAAAAAGGACUGAAUGAAAAACAAAACAUAAAACAGAAUCGUUUGUUUGGAUCAAUGUUGGAUUCCAUAGUGGAGAACGCUGUGUUGAACAUUAUGAACGAGGCAUUUGAUGGGGAGUUUAAUAUAACAGCAAGACCGAGACUUGUGGCUCUUCCACCAAAACCAAACACUCCCCAAGGAUCAAAACAUUAAGAUAUAUUUUAAAAAUACUUGUGUAAUAUACUGUAUAUAAAAUUGUAUAUACCUGUACAUAAUUUAUAUUGGAACAGUUUAUGCAUUUUUCAGUUAGCAACAUCUGAAAAUAUAAAUGCAUUAUUCCAUUUAUAAUAAAGAAGUAGGUUCUUUUGCGAAAAUUCUUUUCACACACAUCGAAACAGAAAAGUAUAACUAGCUAUGGAAAAAAAAACAUUUUGCAAGGUCUAACUUCUGCCCUGGAUAGAGGAUAAUAAUACCUGGACAAAAUAAAGACCAUGCAUUAUGAUUUCAGAUAAGACAUGGCUAUACUACAACUUGAUAAGUCAGAAAGUGAUAAUGCAGUAAUGCAUGAAUAGCUUUGAAUCUAAAAUAAUCCUCAAAAUCUCUCUAAGGAUUAUUUUUGCAUGAACAAAAGUACUCUUAAUAUAGUCGGUCUAAUUUAUUAAUAACUAAAUCAAACAUGUCUGACCUUCGUGCUAUUCAUAACGGUUAAUAGCAUUAUCAUUUAAAGGUUAUUCAUAUUGUCUAUAUUGUCUAUUGUAUCAAUUUCAUGAUGAAUGACAUCAGGAACAGAAUUAUAGAUAUGGAAAAAUAACAAAAUAGCUGACCCAAUAUCAAUAUUAAUUCUUGUUAUCAAAUGUAGUUCAUUGAUUCAUUGUAUAAAUAUGGCUUGCCAGAUUCCAGGCAUCAUUUGACAUUUUUAUGGAUUUCUUUUUAGAAAUUACAGUUGUGAUGGUAAAGAGGUGAUCUGUGAUUCCUAAACAUCAUCAAGAUCUUUAACAAUCUCCACAACUCUUUGAUUAAGUCUUGUCUCAUCUUAAAUGGAGAAAAAUUAAACAAUUUGAGUGUUGGGGUCUAUUGGGUUAUCAACAUUUAUACUUACAUACAUUUUGGGGCAUGAACCAAGUAAAGUAAGACUGUUGUAGAGUUUCAUACCGUAUGAUAAAUAUAACACAAGGUGCCAUAGACAU